AUGAAUGCAUUACCAAUUUUAGAUAUCAAUGAAUAUUUUUCUAAAUAUGUUAACAAUAUAAAUGUUGAGCCAUUACCAAUUUCAGAUGUUAAUAAAUAUUUCUUGGUCGAUAAAUAUUACUCUGAAAAUGCUAAUAAUAUGAAUGAUGAACCAUCACCAAUUUUAGAUUUCAAUAAAUAUUUUUCGUUUGAUGAAUUUUCUAAAUAUAAUAAUGAUAUAAAUGCCUUCAAUGAUACAACAAAUGUUUUGAAAGAUAAAAAAACAAACCAUUCUGAAUCUGAUGUUGUUGAAUUUGAGCCUAUAAGUGAUGCAGAAGAAAGUACUAGAAUGAAUAAGAAGAAGUGUGAAAUUUGUGGUUUGAGAGGUCACAAUGCAUGUACCUGUUCUACAGAAUCUGAUGCUGAGUUAGAAUCUGAUAAUGAUAUCAAAGAAAUUAGUAAAAAUAAGCAAAAAUGUGAAGUAUAUGGUUUAGAAAGACAUAAUACAUAA